GAGGGGCUCUCUCUCUCUCGCGCGCGCUGAUUGCGCUCUCAGACACGCAUUGAGCAGCUCGCGGCGCGGUGCACACCACCACUCCUCCUCGAGACGGGGCUGCACGCGCUCGCCGGAUUGUUUGUUUUCGCUUCUCACCCUGGUGUGAGAUUAUUUGAAUGCCUAAUUUGACCCGCACCUGAACGACGAUGACUGACGCCUUGGCACCGGAUCCUAGUCCCAUUCCGGAUCCCACUAUCGUCGAUCCAUCGGCUCAGAACGGCCAGUGCGACCCUCCAGAUCAGCAGCUACCUAGCAGACCGAGUCAGGUAGACCCGUUCACCAUGGAUCAGGAAAUGAAAAUUAGCGACAAUGUUGAGGACAAAGGUUUAUUGGAGAGCAGCACACGACUGAAACCACACGAAGCACAAGACUACCGCAAGAAGGCCCUAUGGGUGUCCUGGCUGUCCAUCGUGGUGACACUCAUCCUGGCUGUAGCCGCUUUCACUGUUUCGGUGAUGAGACACAGUGCGUCAGCCUUUGGCUUUGCUUUCGAUGCAUCACUGGACGUGCUGUCCUCCAUCAUCGUGCUGUGGCGUUACAGCAACGCAGCUGCUGUCCACUCCGCACACAGGGAGUACAUAGCCUGUGUGAUCCUGGGUGUGGUGUUCAUUCUUUCGUCCAUCACCAUAUUGGGCAAAGCCACCCAUGACCUGGUCACCAAGCUGCAGCCUGAAGUGGAUGACUUCCUCUACAGUGUGUCCAUCAUCAGUGGGAUUACGUGCCUCAUCCUGUGUGUGUUCAAGUUCCUGCUGGGCAGGGUGCUCACCAGCCGGGCCCUCAUCACCGACGGCUUCAACUCCCUGGUGGGCGGCGUGAUGGGCUUCUCCAUCCUGAUCAGCGCCGAGGUGUUCAAGCACGACCCAGAGGUGUGGUACCUGGACGGGACAAUAGGCCUCCUCAUCGGACUCAUCAUCCUGGCCUACGGAGUCAAGCUGCUGGUGGAUAUGGUCCCUCGCAUCAGACAGACCAGGCACUACGAGAGAUUUGAGUGACAGUCGCCCAUGGCAACGGGACAGGGGGACACAGGGGAGUGUGUUUGGAAAGGCUGGAUGACCUCAUCUCCGUGUUCUCUCCCCACCCUGCAGCAG